AUGGAGUUCGUUGUUCGCUUUAGUUCAUGCAUGCCGACGCUCUUCAGAUUUCUUUUUAAGCUUCGAUUCGCCAUAGUCGUUUUUGAGAUUGUAUUGAUACUGGCGUGGUUGGAAAUUAAUGAUGCAAAGACCCAAGAGCGACAAUUUCAAUGGGGAGGAGUGGAAGAGAGGGUUGAGAAAAUUGCUUCACACUCUUGCAUACAUGACCAGAUACUUGAACAGAGAAAGCGACCUGGUCACAAGGUGUAUUCAGUUACCCCACAAGUUUAUGAACCUGGUCAAUUGAAAUCCCUUCAGCAUAGAGGCAGGGCGUUACUUGGUGUAUUAUCAACAUCAUCAAAGCCCCAAAAGGAUGAAAAGCAACCUAUUAGGAUAUAUCUAAAUUAUGACGCUGUUGGCCACUCCCCUGACAGGGAUUGUCAAAAAGUUGGGGACAUUGUUAAGCUCGGGGAGCCUCCGAUUAAUGCUAUUCAUGGCUUGCCCUCUUGCAAUCCUCUUUCUAAUCCUCCAAUCUUCGGUGAUUGUUGGUAUAACUGCACUUCUGAAGAUAUAUCAGGAGAGGAUAAAAAGCACCGCCUUCGCAAGGCUUUAGGUCAGACAGCUGACUGGUUUAGGCGAGCAUUGGCUGUUGAGCCUGUCAAGGGGAACUUGCGAUUGAGUGGAUAUUCUGCCUGUGGACAAGACGGAGGUGUGCAGCUUCCUCGUGGAUAUCUUGAAGAGGGAGUCUCUGAUGCCGACUUAGUUCUUUUGGUGACUACAAGACCUACUACUGGGAAUACACUUGCUUGGGCAGUAGCAUGUGAACGAGAUCAAUGGGGUCGUGCUAUAGCUGGACAUGUUAAUGUUGCUCCUCGUCAUUUGACAGCUGAGGCAGAGACUUUGCUAUCAGCUACUUUGAUACAUGAGGUUAUACAUGUUCUUGGUUUCGAUCCUCAUGCCUUCACUCAUUUUAGAGAUGAAAGGAGAAGACGUCGUAAUAAGGUUACUGAACAAGUGAUGGAUGAAAAGAUUGGACGAAUAGUAACGCGUGUGGUGCUUCCACGUGUUGUCAUGCAUUCACGACAUCAUUAUGCGGCGUUCUCAGAAAAUUUUACUGGUUUAGAGCUGGAAGAUGGUGGAGGACGUGGAACAUCAGGGUCUCAUUGGGAAAAAAGGCUUCUGAUGAAUGAGAUCAUGACUGGUUCUGUGGAUACAAGAUCCGUUGUUUCAAAAAUGACACUAGCUCUCUUAGAAGACAGCGGAUGGUACAAAGCUAAUUAUAGCAUGGCAGACCGUCUUGAUUGGGGUCGCAACCAAGGUACUGAGUUUGUUACCUCCCCUUGCAAUCUCUGGAAGGGAGCCUAUCAUUGCAACUCAACACGGAUUUCAGGUUGUACGUAUAACAGAGAGGCAGAGGGUUACUGUCCCAUUCUAACUUAUAGCGGAGACCUUCCUCAGUGGGCUCAGUAUUUUCAACAAGCUAAUAAAGGUGGACAGUCUUCAUUGGCUGAUUAUUGCACUUAUUUUGUUGCAUACUCUGAUGGAUCAUGUACAGACACUAACAGUGCACGGGCACCUGAUAGAAUGCUAGGUGAAGUCCGAGGAAGCAACUCUAGGUGUAUGGCCUCAUCAUUAGUGCGCACGGGAUUUGUACGAGGUUCUAUGACCCAAGGAAAUGGUUGUUAUCAGCACAGGUGUAUCAACAACACUUUAGAGGUCGCUGUGGAUGGUAUGUGGAGAGUGUGUCCUCAGGCUGGCGGAUCCAUUCAGUUUGCUGGCUUUAAUGGUGCAUUGAUCUGUCCUGCAUAUCAUGAGCUCUGUAACACAGACACAGUGGUUGACUCGAGAAAAUGUCCCAAUGCAUGUAAUUUUAAUGGAGAUUGCGUUGAUGGAAGUUGCCACUGCUUUCUUGGAUUUCAUGGCCACGAUUGCAGUAGACGUUCCUGCCCCAGUAAUUGCACAGGCAAUGGAUUGUGUCUCAACAAUGGAAUAUGUGAAUGUAAACCUGGUUAUACUGGCAUUGACUGUUCCACCGCUGUUUGUGAUGAGCAAUGCAGUCUUCAUGGCGGGGUUUGUGAUAAUGGAACUUGCGAAUUCCGCUGUUCUGACUAUGGGAAAUACACCUGCCAGAACAGCUCCACGCUCCUCUCAACUCUCUCAGUUUGCAAAAAUGUGCUAGGAAAUGACAUUUCUGGGCAGCAUUGUGCACCCAGAGAACCUAGCAUACUGCAGCAGCUGGAAGAAGUGGUUGUCAUGCCCAACUACCACCGAUUGUUCCCUGGUGGUGCUAGAAAAUUAUUUAAUAUAUUUGGCAGCUCCUACUGUGAUGAGGCAGCUAAACGGCUUGCUUGCUGGAUCUCAAUCCAGAAGUGUGACGGAGACAACAGGCUACGAGUAUGUCAUUCUGCAUGUCAAUCGUAUAAUUUAGCGUGUGGAGUUUCACUGGACUGCAGGGACCAAACUCUUUUCAGCAAGGAGGAGGGGGAGGGUCAGUGUACCGGUUCUGGUGAGAUGAAAUUGUCAUGGUUUAAUCGAUUGAGAAGCAGUUUUUCUUUGAGAAAUAGUUCCUCAAAUGAAAUAUUUGUAAGAAACAGGCAGCUUUAG